AUGGGGGACAGUGGCGAGCGGAGCCCCUUGUUGGGGGGGACACCCCUCAAGGGACGCGGGGCGGCAUGCGCGGCCGUGCUGGCGGUGGAGGGUCUGGAGCGGGCGGCUUUCUUCGGCAUCACGGCCAACCUGGUGCUCUACCUCACCAGUGGCACCUUCGGCUGGGGGGGCACCCAGGCGUCCCGCGCCUGUCUGCUCUUCCUGGGGGCUUCCUACCUGCUCUCCCCCAUCGGCGGCUGGCUGGCCGACGUCUACCUGGGCCGCUACGGCACCGUGGCCCUUAGCUUCUUGCUGUACCUGCUGGCGGCAUGCCUGCUGCCCGUCACCGCAUCGCUGGACGGACGCCUCUCGGUGUGCGGGCAGCUGCCCACCGACGCCAUCCGAAACUGCUCUUGGCACCGCGGUGGGACGUGCCGGGGACAGCCCCCCGAGCAGUACUGUGCCCCCACCAUCUACAGCGGUCUCCUGCUCUUGGCGCUGGGCGUCAGCUCCGUCAGAGCCAACCUCACCCCCUUCGGCGCCGACCAGGUGAGGGACCAGGGCGGUGACGCCACGCGGCGCUUCUUCAACCGGUUCUACUGGAGCAUCAACAUCGGGGCUCUCUUCUCCCUGCUGGUGGUGGCCUUUGUCCAGCAGAACAUCAGUUUCCUGGCCGGAUACCUCAUCCCCGUCGCCUGUCUGGCCUUGGCCCUCCUCAUCUUCCUCCUGGCCACCCCCACCUUCGUCACCAAGCCCCCCACGGGCAGCCAGGUCUCUGCCAUGAUCAAGUUGGCCCUGCAGAGCUGCGGCUGCACCUGGCUGAGCGCUCGCCAGUGGGAGCCCGGGGACCCUCUCCCCAACAGCGGAGCCCAGCCCGGAGCACCUUCACCCGAGGAAGACCUUGCCAACUUCCAGGUGCUGGCCCGGAUCCUGCCCGUGAUGCUGCCCUUCAUCCCUUACUGGAUGGUCUACUUCCAGAUGCAGUCGACGUAUUACCUGCAAGGUCUGCACCUCCACAUCCCCAGCAUCUUCCGGCACGGCCGGGACCGCGCCAGCACCCUCCAGGGCUACACGUUCCCGGACGCCUGGCUGCUCCUGGCCAACGUGGUGGUCUUGCUGGUCUUGGUGCCCCUGAAGGACCACGUCAUCGACCCCUUCCUAGCCCGGCGGAGGCUGUUGCCCUCGGCGCUCAAGAGGAUGGCCCUGGGCAUGUUCUUCGGCCUCGCCUCCGUCCUCGCGGCAGGCAUCCUGGAGCGGGAGCGGCUGCAGCACGUGCGCCGCAACCAGACGGUGCCGCAGCUCAUCGGUAAGGACCGCUACCUGGCUGCCACGCUGCCCAUCUGGUGGCAGGUCCCCCAGUACCUGCUCAUCGGCAUCAGCGAGCUCUUUGCCAGCAUCCCCGGCCUGGAGUUCGCCUACGCCGAGGCCCCCAAGUCCAUGAAAGGAGCCAUCAUGGGUCUCUUCUUCUUCAUCGCCGGCGUGGGCUCGCUGCUGGGGUCGGGGCUGCUGACCCUCCUCGCGCUGCCCACCCACGGGUGGACGCGCUGCCCAGAGGACUACGGGAGCAUCAAUAGCUGCCGCAUGGAUAACUACUUCUUCCUGCUGGCCGGGAUCCAGUCGAUCACCUGCCUGAUCUUCACCUGGAUCUCCAGGCGCUACGAGAGCUGGCCGCCCCGGCCGGGUGCCCCCCACCUCUGCGCGGGGCCGGAGGAGGGCUGA